AUGUUAUCUAAUUAUAUUAAUCCUAAACCUAAUGUUCUAACUGAACGUUACAAGUUUAAGGAGAGAAAACAAGGUUCAGAAGAAACAAUAAGUCAAUUUGUGACUGCAUUAAAAAAGCUUUCACAGUAUUGCGAAUUUGGUAAUAAUUUGGAUGAUUCAUUGAGAGAUCAAGUUGUUUACGGUAUCAGGGAUAACAACAUAAAAAAACGUUUAAUGUCUGAACCGGAGUUAACAUUUAGAAAAAGUGUUACACUUUGUUUGUCAAUGGAAGCAGCGAACAAUGUGUCUCAUUGGGAAAAACAGGAAUUGAAUUAUCAGCGAGGAAUGAAGUUUAAGCAAAACAGACAACCAUGGGGACAAGGGAAGUCAAGGAAAGCACACAGAUCAGAUUCAAUGCCAAAGGAUUCAACGAACAAUUCAAGUUAUGGCCGUAAAACUGUUUGUUUUUGUUGUGGUAAAGCAGGUCAUACAAAACCAUUUUGUAAGUAUAAGCAUUUAACAUGUACUAAAUGUUCUAAAGUAGGUCAUUUAAUUAAAGUUUGUAAAGCUAAAAGUAAAGCUGGUAAUGUUAAUAUACUAGAAGAGUCUAAUAUUUUAAAUGAUUUUGAAGAUUUGCAUAUUGAUAAUUUGUUUUCAUUAGAGACUGUUGAUGUUAAUUUUAUUAAACCAUUUAAUAUUAAGUUAGAUGUAAGUGGAAUUAUUAUUAAUUUUCAAAUUGACACUGGAUCUUCAAUUACAGCUUUGUCUUAUAGUGAUGCAUGUAGAGUGAAUCUUAAAUUGAAAGAUAUUCAAAAAAGUGAUAUAAGUUUAAAAGGUUAUACUGGUACUUUAAUUAUUCCAAUGGGUUAUUUAAAUGUGAGUGUGAAAUUUCAUGGAAAAAUUGAAGUGUUGAAUUUGUAUAUAAUUAAAGAAGGUGGCCCUCCUAUUGUCGGUAGAGAUUGGAUUGAGAAUUUAUCAUUACCUAUUAAAGGGGAAGUUUAUUCACUUUCAUCAAAAACAGAAAUAAAUAUUUUUGAAGAUUUUCCUUCAGUGUUUGGAGAUGUACUUGGAUGUUAUAAACCUAAAGUGUUUAAAUUAUGCUUAAAAGAUGAAAACAUUAAACCUAUUUUUUGUAAGCCUCGUGUGUUACCUUUUGCAUUGAAAGAUAAAGUGAGUUUGGAAAUUGAUAGAUUAGUCAGUGAAAAGUUAUUAAUUCCAAUAGAGUCUUCAGAGUGGGCUACACCAGUUGUGCCUGUUUUAAAAAGUGAUGGUAAAAUUCGAUUAUGUGGUGACUAUAAGGUUACACUUAAUAAAUUUAUUAAAAUAGACAGAUAUCCUAUACCCAGAGUAGGAGAUUUAAUGGCAAUUUUGCAGGGUGCAUCCAAAUUUUGUGUUCUUGAUUUAUGUCAAGCUUAUCAACAGCUUUCAUUAGAUGAGGAAUCACAAAAGUUAACAACUUUAUCUACACAUAAAGGACUUUUUGUAUUUAAACGUAUACCAUAUGGUAUAGCUUCAGCUCCUGGUAUUCUGCAGCGUGAAAUGGAAAAUAUUCUGAGAAAUAUUGAGGGUACAGUUGAUUUUUAUGAUGAUAUCAUAAUAUCUGGAAAAUCUAAAGAAGAAGUUACUAAAAGACUUAGGGAAGUGUUAGAAAGAUUAGGUUCAGUAGGAUUGACGGUGAGAAAAGAUAAAUGUAAAUUGUUCCAGGAUAGUGUUACUUUUUUGGGUUAUAAAAUAGAUAAAGAUGGUUUACAUGUUCCUGAGGCUAGAGUUAAAGCUAUUACAUCAGUACCUAUACCUUGUAGUGUUACUCAACUAAAAGCAUUUUUAGGAUUAGUAACUUACUAUGGUAAGUUUAUUAGAAAUAUGUCAACCAAAGCAAAUCCUUUGUAUAAGUUGCUUAAGAAAGAUAUACCUUUUGUAUGGGGUAAAGACCAAAACAAAGCAUUCAAUGAAAUUAAAAGUGCUAUUUUGUCUAAUGAAAUAUUAAUCCACUAUAAUCCAAAAUGGCCUAUCAUUAUAGCUUGUGAUGCUAGUCCUACUGGUAUUGGGGCUGUAUUAUCUCAUAAAUUACCAGAUGGUACAGAAAAGCCUAUUGCCUUUACUUCCCGGACAUUAAAUAAGGCCGAACGUGCUUAUGCACAAAUAGAUAAAGAAGCUCUUGCUAUAGUUUAUUCAGUUAAGUAUUUUCAUCAAUAUGUAUAUGGUCGUGAAUUUAUUCUUAGAACAGAUCAUAAGCCUUUAGUAGUUAUUUUUGGUCCUAAAAAAGGUAUUCCUGUCAUGAUAGCAAAUCGGUUACAGCGGUAUGCAAUAUUUUUAUCUGGCUAUAAUUAUGAAAUACAAUUUGUAAAAGGUAUAGAUAAUGGUAAUGCGGAUGCAUUGUCAAGACUUCCUUUAGAUACCACUGCGAGUUCUAAUAUUUUAGAAUCAGAUAAUUACUCUAUUAAUUUAAUCACUGAAAAUAUUAAAGCAAUUUCUGAUUUAGAUAUUUGUGAGGAAAUUAAAAAAGAUACUAUUAUUAAACAAGUUUUUUUUAGCGUUUUCACUGGUCAGUGGCCUACUGACAUUAAAAAGGUAUCUGAAGAAUUGAAACCAUAUUUUAACCGUAAGGAUCAAUUUUCAAUUGAACAAGGAUUAUUAUUUUGGGGGCAUCGUUUAGUAAUACCGUCUAAAUUUCGGACUGAAUUGUUAACUGAAUUACACAGCACUCACUUAGGUGUUGUUAAAAUGAAAAGUAUCGCUCGUUCUUUUAUUUGGUGGCCUGGAAUUGAUUUAGAAAUUGAAGGUAUUACAAAAAGAUGUGAACUUUGUUUGAUUCAUAGUGAGAAUCCUCCAAAGGCAGUUCUACAUAGUUGGCCUUGGCCUGAUGGUCCAUCUCUUAGGGUUCAUUUAGAUUUUUUAGGUCCUGUUAAUAAAAGAAUGUUUCUUGUGAUAAUAGAUGCCUUUUCAAAAUGGGUGUAUGUAAAUUUAUGCCUAAUAUAA